AUGCAAGCAAGAAGGAUAAGAUACGACGUCAUCGGCCUGGCCGAGACGAGACGACGUCACCUAUUCACCGCCGUCUAUGACACCGGAGAAGAACUGUUCCUCGGAACAUGCGACAGUAGCGGAGUCGGCAGCGUCGGCGUUCUCGUCAACACGAGUUUGUCCAUGGACAUCGAUUCAUUCGAACAACUUACAACCCGAAUCGGACGUUUACGAUUAAAAAGACGUGGAUUAAUUCCGGCUUUGAUAAUCUUCGUCGUUUACGCGCCCGCAUCAAACUAUGACGAAGAAGAAGUCGAAGUGUUCCAAAUGGACUUGUAG